UCUCGGGGCAAAUGGAGCACAGGUCUAGACAAUGUGCGGACAGUGUCGGAGGAGCCGUGGCCACAUGCAGGAAGAGGCCCACCCGGAACUCUGCCCACACUGGCCACUGCAGUUCAGCCCACAGAGCCACGGCAGGCAGGCCUACGGACGCGACGUGCACACUGGUGGUCCCGGAGCCAGGGGGGAUUCAGGACACCAUCUCCGACUCUUUCCUGGCCUGCUCAGCACCUGCCCAGAUGGCCUCUUCGUCUUUCCUGCGCCCAGCCUCACCUUUUUCACCUCUCUGUGCAGAGCGCACCAGCCAGGGCCCCUACCUGGAAGAGGGUCAGCUGAUGCAGGGCUGAGGGGGCUGCCACAGAGAAGGACGCCGUGUGUUCUUACUGCUCAGAAGGGACAGGGUCUCCCACCAAGCCCCUGGUCUCCAUUGGCUCCUUGGUCUUUCCUGCCCCUCCCCUGUGUUCCACCUGCCAGUGGAGCUGAGCACUGCUUAGCCUGGGCCAGAGGGACACUGGACAAGGGCCUUUGGGGGACAAUGAGUCUGGGCCCAGCUUCCAGUUCUAAUGUAUGCAAGAUUAACUCACAAAUUCACCUCAGAAGGCCUUUCCAAAUGAGAGCUCUACUCUUCCCCUCCUCUGCCAAUCUUUUCACAGCCAAGGCCCCUUCCACCCUUUCCAGAGGAGGAUGAGAUCCCUUUUCCCCUCCCCUCUGAGGUGCUGACUCACUGCUAGGACCCACCCACCAGAGGAAAGAUCUAGAACGUCUUGACAGAUUGGAGACAGCCAGGCCUGCUGACCCAUCCGAACAGCUGAAGCAAGAGACUUCCACCAGGGAUGCCAGGGCCUGGGUUGGUCCAGCGGCUCUGGGAUGAGCCUCCCAAGCAUCUUUCCCACUUGGGUGGCGAUGCGGCUGAGAUUGGACAGGUGGUGGAUGAGAGACGGUCCCGAGAAAGGGUGGUCUCGGGAGGGCUGGUCUGAAGCCUGCUGUGCUCCUGUGGCAGUGAUGGGGCCUGGGGAUGGGGAUGGCAGCUCUCAUGAGGAGACCUAGGCUGUGAGCCCACAGCCUCCCACAUUUUCCCUAAAGUGCAGGACUGUCUGAGAGUAGGUAGUGAAGAGGACAAGGCCCUCAGCGGUGACCUCCACGGCCUUCUACCUGCUGAGGAAGAGUUAACCCACUGCUUCCCCAACACAACAGGCUAUGAAGAACCUGGUGCCUCAGGACCUCCUGGGAGCCAAGCUGGUCUGGCAAGGGUGCUCUAGGCCUGGGAAAGAAGGGAGCAAUGGCCAGUCACCUUCACCUUCUAACUGGCCUUCGGAUGAGGUGACCACCACCAGGCCUGAAUGAUCCCCAGGAGCCCAGCUUCCAAACCCCAACUCCGAAUCAAACAUCUCCAUCCCCAAGUGCAGUAAUACACAAAAACCAACCACUCUGCCCUGGGGCAGGCCUGGCGCGAUUCUCAGUAGGACUCAUACCCACCCUACCUAGAAGUACUGGGCUGGCCUGGGUAUUGCAUCCCGUGCGUUUUGAUAAGGGGGUGAUGUGGCCACACCCUUAUCUAGAUUUCACUUUGUAUCCACUGGGCACAGAUAUUUUAGAGAACUUCAUCUUUUACUCUUGAAAAAGCCACAUAUCCACAUCUCCAUUUUCUCAGUGUGUUAUGCAGCAAUUUAUUAAAGUAUUUAUUGUCUAAUACUGCCAGGUGGAA